AUGGGGGACCUCAACUUGGGCAUGGUGGCCAUCGUCUUCUGCUGUUUGUUCUUGGGUUUCCCGUUGUUGCCUGCCUCGGCGGUCGCCGACGACCUCCGGCUUCCCCUCGAUGUCAGGCUCCCGAAGGCGCAGGCGGAGAGGCUCAUUCGAGAGCUUAAUCUGUUCCCUAGAGAUGCUUCCGCGCGCACAUUGGACACAUUACAGGACGACAAUGAGAAGAGGAUUGUGGAGCGGCGUUUCCAGUUCCCGGGGCUAGAAGGCACGAGAAAUGGAGGUCUUGGAGAUGUCGCGGUCGAGGACCUUGGCCAUCAUGCGGGGUACUACCGGCUUGCGCACUCUCACGAUGCCAGGUAGGCUGGAUUUUCCUGUUUCUUCUUGUGCCCCGUCUUUUGGAUCCGGGUAAUGCUCGUCUGAUCAAUUGCCUCAAUUCUAUGGGGAGCCAAGGUAUGUGCGAUCACUUCCAUUGUUUGGUAAAGUUUUUGAUGGCGGGCACAGUGUUUGCGAACGGAUUCUCUCCUUUAUCUCGCCCAUGAUCUUCGUUAUUGUUUGUCCAAUGAAUAGUCUUCACAUGCUGUAAUGCAGAGUCUGUCAUUACUUGGUCCAUACUUGGGUUCAGUAUUUGCAUGACCUUCUAUGUGUUGUUAUUUCAAACCUCAAGCCUAGGAAUCUAACAUUUUUCACGAGUCUUGGAUGUGGAUUCAAUCAUUAUUAGGGCUCCACAUAACUCAAAAUAGCCUGCAAGUUCUGGUCGUAUGUGUAUCAGCUGUCUGCAAAGCAACGAAUUGUGAUAUUUUGCGCCUUUCGUUGUGAACUUUUUUCUUUCACUGAAAGGAUGGCGACUAUGUUUACCUUGCCUAACCCUAAUAAUAUUUGAUUGAGUUUUUUUCUUUAAGUGACCGAUCACCUAGUUCAAUUCAUUUUUAUUUUUUGUGCAUCAUCUUUUUAACGGUGGAUAUGUAUUCCAUCGUUGCUAACAAAAAGGAAGAAACAAGCAGCCUUUAAAGUCAAUCCUGAGGAAUCCCAUACCAGCAUGAGUAAAACAUGUAUUAGAAUACUCUUAUCUUCCAGCGAGCCCUUGAAGAGAAGAACAGGGUCAAAAGAUAGAGAAUAUGGUUUCUGCAGACAGUCUAAAAUCGAUUUAUAGUGGUAAAAAGUAAGGGAAUGGGAGUCCAAGCCAGCUUGUGCAGUCUUUCAUACAUUUUUAACUUUUUUCAGGAUGUUCUACUUUUUCUUCGAGUCAAGGAAUAACAAAAACGAUCCUGUCGUUAUUUGGCUGACUGGAGGACCAGGAUGCAGCAGUGAAUUGGCUAUUUUCUAUGAAAAUGGGCCAUUCUCCAUAGCCAAUAACAUGUCUCUUCUGUGGAAUGACUAUGGUUGGGAUAAGGUAUAAUAUGUAUAUUUUAUAAUUUAUUUCAAUUUACAAUUUUUUUCAUGUUUUUUUUCUGGUAAAUAUUCUUGCUGCCUAUGAAUAAGCUGAAAAGAAUAUAAAACUUUGGCAAAGCUUACCAUGAUCUAUGUUUGGAGAUCACUUCUUUGCUCUUACAAACCUUAGUCAUGAAUCAUUUUGUUUUCAGAUAUCAAAUCUUCUAUACGUUGAUCAGCCCACAGGAACUGGUUUUAGUUUCAGCUCUGAUAAGCGGGACAUCCGUCAUGACGAAAAGGGUGUCAGUGAUGAUCUAUAUGAUUUUCUACAGGUUAUUUUCUAUUUUCAAUAUUUCAGUGUUAAACAACCUUGGGCAUGCUGUUUUAAUGGGCUUGCAUAUUUUUGGCUAAGUUUGCAGUAUCUUUUAAACUAACUAUUUGGUUAACAUUCCUCAUCUCCGAUUCAACAAAUACGCGUUACUGAAAUGAAUACAGCCAGCGCUAUAAUGGGAUGCUUAGGGUUGGAAAUGCUAUGAUAAUUUCAAUCGCCAAGAAAAAUCAAUGUCUCGCACGUUUGAGGUUCAUUCUUUGGAUACUCUGGUCAGUUUGAUCAUGUGCAAUUAAGGAAAAUGUGAGAAUGCAAUAUAAGAUUUCUGGCGUGUUAGUGACACAAGUUUUAAACUUAAUUUAGUCCUCGCCAACAGUUUUUGAAUUGCUUAAGUUCUCCAUUCUUCACUGGUAACCAUGUUGUGCCUUUACAGGUCACUUGAGACAGACAAAAAAGUAGUUUUAUUCGUAACCGUGUAGUGCCAAUUUAUUCGUUCCUGUUCGAGUAAUGAACUGAUGUUAUAAUUUUAGGUUGGUUUCCCUUUUUCUUUUUUCUAUUUCUGGAAGUUGAACUGACCCUGACUCAUUUAAUGCUUGAUCGUGGAUGUCUACAACAUCAUCAAUUGCCUGCCAUCAAUCAAAGAAUGAUGCCUUUCUCCUACAUCUGUAUAUUGUCCAGGGAUGUAGGAGUUCCUAUCUAAUGUUCAAGAAAAUGUGCUUUUCUUUUGUUGUCUUGCCUUUCUUUGGUGACAUGAGGAGGUCAAAUCAUGUAAACACAAUCUGUCAUCCUAGAAAUACGUUAUCUCCUCGAGUAUAAUAUACUGGAAGGUAUAAGUGUUGUUUUUAUUUUUCAAUCAAUUCACAUGCUCUUCUCCUUCUUGUGCGCACAAGGCAGCUUUGAGACAAUUUUUUCCCGUGUUGUUUUCUCGAUGAUGAUACUGAUGAUGGAUCUAACGAAAUGAAACCAGUAAAAAAACGCCCGAAGGAUCUGCUCAAAUCGCCUGCUGAAAUGCAGCUGAUUUUCUGAGGUUUUUAGUGGCGCGGUUCUGAACGUUGUUGCCUUUUAAGGCUUCUUUUAAAUGCUGCAUCAUUCAUGAUCCUUAUUUUCGUUUUCUUGUAGUUUUAAGACUUUUGAACAAACUAUCUGAUGUUAUCACCAACUUCUCUGCGAUAAUUCCAGGCAUUUUUCGCUGAGCACCCUGAAUAUGCGAAGAAUGAUUUCUAUAUAACUGGAGAAUCUUAUGCCGGGCACUACAUUCCCGCAUUUGCAAGCAGGAUUCACCAAGGAAACAAAGUUAACGAAGGCAUUCACAUUAACUUGAAGGUACGCGUCUAUUUGUUCCAGCCAACGGCUUUACAUCUGGUUGACUGAUUUAUUUUCUAAUUCCUUGAGGAAUGGCCUUGCAGGGUUUUGCUAUUGGCAAUGGACUUACUGACCCUGCAAUCCAGUACCAAGCGUACACAGAUUAUGCGUUAGAAAUGGGAAUAAUUAACCAAGCUGACUACAAGCGCAUCAACAAGUUCUUACCAGCCUGUGAACUCGCAAUAAAGCUUUGUGGUAUAUUUCCUUUACUUUUUAGUAAUAUUCGUCUUCAUAGUGAAAAAACUUUACUCAAGUCAGCUGUCAAUGGCAUUUUGAGUUACAAGCGACCUUCUUUAGAAAAUUAUGCGAUCAUAUUGCAUCUUUUUUAUAUAUGGAACCUAAGCUGACUACAAACGCUCUCAUUGUUUUUCUCAGGAACCGGAGGGUCCGUGGCUUGCUAUGCUUCAUACAUUGUCUGCAACACAAUAUUUAGCUCAAUUUUAAGAGUUACUGGAAAGAUAAAUGUAAUCACCAUUGAUAUCUUACUGUUGAGUUCGAUUCUGUUCUCUCUCUCUCUCUCUCUCUCUCUCUCUCUCUCUCUCUCUCUCUCUCUCUCACACACACACACACACACACACACACACACACACAUAUAUCUAAUGCGCUUCUCUGACUAUAGCCAUGCGAUUUAUUGCAGUACUACGACAUAAGGAAGCAGUGCGAGGGGAGUCUCUGCUAUGAUUUCUCGAACAUGGAGAAAUUUCUAAACCAGAAUACUGUCAAAAACGCCCUCGGUGUCGGGGAGUUAGAUUUUGUGUCCUGUAGCCCUACGGUUUAUGAAGCCUUGAUCACCGACUGGAUGAGAAACCUGGAAGUCGGUAUUCCAGCUCUUCUUGAAGAUGGUAUACAGCUUCUUAUCUACGCCGGAGAGUAUGAUCUGAUAUGCAAUUGGCUAGGUAAGCUGCUCCAUUUCAUCUACUAAGUCUUAUACAUUACCUUUCCGGGCUUUUUCGUCUUUAUUGGGGAGUGAUGACUUACCUGUCGGAGAGCUCGAGCUUGCCAUUUAGAUGACGAGCUCUGAUCUCAAACCGUGUUCUUCGUUUGAGCAGGGAACUCGAGGUGGGUCCACUCCAUGGAGUGGUCCGGUCAGGAAGGCUUUGCCUCGUCUUCUUCAGUGCCCUUCAUAGUGGACGGCGCGGAAGCGGGCUCGCUGAAGACCCACGGGCCCCUCAGCUUCUUGAAGGUGGUCUCCUUUCUCUUCUUCUCCUCCCCCAUCUACACGACGAUUCCGUAAGCUGUGGGGAACUCUGCUCAGUCGUCCGUGCGUCUCGCAGGUGCACGACGCGGGCCACAUGGUGCCGAUGGAUCAGCCGGCGGCCUCGCUGGAGAUGCUGAGGAGGUGGAUGCAGCAGGGCCAGCUCGCGGGGGGCUGGGCUUCGAAGGCCGCCUCCGCCCAGGAGCUGUCCACCGCCAUAUGA